AAGUUUCGUAAAAUAUUCAGUCUCAAUAAAUUUCCCAACAUUCGAAAAAUGGUAGAAAAAAACUAAAUAUUAAGCUUCCAGUUAGAUAUCAAUAUUUCGUUAUAAGUUAAGCCAAUAUCCAAUCCAAUAGAAACAUCGAGGAUUUAAGAAGAAAAGUCAAAUAAACUAGCUGGCACAAGGGCAAUACAAGAUCUUCGAAGAAAAUAAUUGUGAGCUCAUUGGACACAAGAAGCUGAAGAAUUCCAGUUUUUAGACAUAUCCUCUAUUGCGUCACUUGAACCGAUAACUGCAAGACAACCUUCAGGAAAAACGAUAUAUAGUGGCAAUCAAUCAAUUUAUUAAAACACACAAGAAAUUGUCCCAGAUAAUCGCUUAUUCGAGUGAUUCGAUUGUACGACGACAAAGUACGCUGAACUUGGCUAUCGAUCUGUCUAGGGCAGAUUUUGCAGCAGGAAUAUAAGGUGUCCUUGGCAGUCCCGGCAUAGGCUCGAACGACCUGAGCGCUAACCAAAGCUUCCUGACUAACCCAACUUAUCAACCGAACUUAUUGUUAAACAGCCCAGUACAAGAAUGGCACCCCUCGCUGAAUUAUUGAUUGCAAAGAAACUGGUUCGUUGGGUUAAUCGGGCGCUACAGGCACAUAUAAACCAUAUAGAGGAGUUAUCAUCGGGCGCCGCAUAUUGUCAACUAUUGGAUCUAUUGUUCGUGAACUCGGUGCCUCUGAAUGAAGUCCGAUUCACCAGCAACCAAAUUGUACAUUUUAAAAACAAUUUUCAUAUUCUGUUGAAGGCCUUCAAAGCACUGGGCAUACCCAUCAAGAUACCGUUGCAUCAUAUAGUACGCGGCGACUUUCAUGAGAAUCUGUGCUUCGCCAAACGCUUCUAUAAGUUCUUUCGCGAGGUGGAGAAGGGGCGCGGCGGCAAGCUGGAUACCAAGGGCUACAAUCCGCGGCUGCGUCGCAAUUACGAGCUCAUCUCGAUAGGCACCCCCACAAUAGAGGUGUGCCACCAAGGCACACAGACCUCGAUGGAGCUGCUGCAGAUUGUGGAGGAGGAGAAGGCCAAGUUAGAGGUAGCGGCCGGAGAAAUCGCCAACUCGAAGGUAACUAUGCGGCAAGAGCGCGACUUCUAUCUGAGGAAGCUGACUCAGAUCGAGAAAUUGGCGCGCGGCCACACCACAAUAAAUAUGGCCAGCAAGGAUGUCCUCAAAAUACUGUACCAGACCGAGCCUGGCUUUGCGCUGCCGGCCAAGGCAACUGAGGCCGAAACCGAGUCGGAUCCGAAACCGAAUCCGAAUCCGAAACCUCCAACACCCUCCGAUGCGGCAAACAGCGAACAAUAAUCGAGAUGUGGCGAUGAUAGGCUUGCUUUCAUUUUUCGAAUGCCCUCACAUUAACCGAAACUUCAAUCUUUUUGGCAUUGACAUAAGCAAUAAAAAAAAUUUAUUUGUUAACAAUUUCAAUUAA